AAAUUUCCCGAUUGGGCAAGUCACGUGUCAAAUUUAAUUAAAAUGGGAGAGUAGAUUAUGGGGUUUGAUAAGAUCAGCUUUUAAGUGCACAAGAUAAACUAUUAUCAUCAUAUUAUCUGUGUUAUAGGUGAUUCUUCAUACAAUUUGAGGUUCAUACAUAUCAAGCACUCAUUAGAUUAGGCACACGCACAUAGACAUGACACAGUACAGUUUCACAUCGGAAAAGUUGAAGCAAAGGCAACACGAGCAAAGCUCAUCCAACGAUCAAGGCUCGGAUAUACUACAUACAAUUGCAUCCAUAAUAGUGUCAUUGAUUGUUUACACUCUUCGGUUGUUAUUUAUCCUACUUAACUACUCAUAUCUGACUUAUCCUGAAAUAACUUCAUUUAUCAUACUUCUUAUAGUUGUAUAUGUUGCUUACAAGUUCAUCAAAAGAAUAGUCACCUUUUGGAUAAAUAUGUUCCUAACUACUGUCAAAGUAUUAUUUACUCUAACUUUGAUAGCCAUUGCUUUCAGCAUUUAUAUAAGAGGCUGGGAUCGAUUAAUAGCGCAUGAUUUGCCUUUAUUAAAGGAGUUAUUCUUAAGUACUAAUCACAAAGUCUUUGUAAAUGGUCAACAAAAGAGAUCGUUUGGCUCGUUUAUAUCAUCUUCAGGAACCUAUGUUGCUUUUAUUGCUGGACGGUUGUUGAAUAAAUUGCCGUUACCAAAACCUAUCCAGACCUUUUUGGGAUUAAGGGCAAAUUCAUUAUUAGAUGAUUUAAAUGAGGAAGAUAUCAACGAGUAUGUCAAUUACUUCCAGACUCAAUUCAAAGAUAAAAAGACUAAGGGAAAUGGCGAUGACUAUGAACACUUGAUCAAAGCUGGUUUUGAUUAUUUGAAAAAUUCUGACUUCAGCUUUGAAGAUUUCGAUUUUGGUGAUCUUUUCAAUGGUCGUUAAAUUUGUAAUAGAAGAAGAUUUUGUGCUACAGCGCAAUUUGUGUGUGAAGAGAAGUAAUUUAUAAAGUUUAUAGUAUAUAGCUGUAGUGGAAGGUGGGCUAAGUUUAGUGUCGUCUUUAAGUGUCUAGAAAAAAAAUGCAAAAGUU